AUGUCGGUCCAAGGAAGCUCAUCAGAUGUUGGCAGCAAACCAGAAGGCCCAAACCGGACGUCAUUCGCUCAAUUGGAUCCACCCAUCAACCCCGCUCUGCUAUCGGCCCUCUCCAGUUUAUCACUUUGUUAUCCAACACAAGUCCAAAAAGAAUUCAUACCACUUGCCCUCAACGGCAAAGACAUCUUGGCUCGCUCUAGCACCGGUUCGGGUAAAACGCUGGCAUAUGCGAUCCCUAUAAUUCAAAGCAUACUGGAAAAUAAAUUCAAGCGACGGACUUCCACCACAACUGCGCCUACGACACUUACAACGGCUAUCAUCUUGGUACCUACCCGCGAGCUCAGCGCACAAGUCACUCUGGCCAUAUCUAGUCUUUGUAAAGGUUUAGGAAACGAGAAUGCUAUUGAAAUCAUCAACCUAGCUAGCUCAGAUCCAAAGCGGUCGAAACGGAAGCACGUCCAAGCUGAUCAAUCAUACACAAGCAAUCCACCCGACAUUAUAGUCUCAACUCCGGCUAGAUUAUUGGACAGACUUCGUACGACAUCAACCGACAUUUCCGGGCUUUCGUUCCUGGUCCUGGAUGAAGCCGACCUCAUCCUUUCCUACGGUCACUCUUUUGACGAUAUCAAAGCGAUUUUAACAGGCAGUGGAAGUAAUGGGACUCAUUCGUGGAGGUUUCCUACUUUCUUCCAAAGCUUUCUCAUGUCUGCAACUAUGACCAGUGAAGUGGCCGAAUUGAAGAGUCUGGUCCUACGGAACCCGGAAAUCCUUUACGUCAAAGAAUCGAUCAAUGAGCUAUCCAAUUUAACCCAAUUUUCAAUCAAAGUUCCGAACGAACAAGACAAAUUCUUGUUGAUCUAUGUGAUCUUCCGCUUGAAAUUAAUUAAGGGCAAAGGAUUGGUCUUCGUUAAUUCCACCGACAAGUCUUAUCAACUCAAGUUGUUCUUGGAAAAAUUUGGGAUCCGCUCGGGCGUCCUGAAUUCUGAGCUUCCUUUCAACUCGCGGUACCAUGCUGUAGAGGAGUUCAAUAAAGGCAUCUUCGACUACCUGAUUGCAACAGACGAGAGCGAAAACAACCUUCCUGUCGAGAAGAAAUCUGCACCCCCUCCAGCCGACCCAAAUCUGAUUUCUACUCAACCACCAGUGGCCGUCGAAUCAACAGAGGAUGCUGUAGUCAACCCGAAAAAAAGAAAACAAAGAGAAGAAAGCAACAGCAAGUCCCAAGACAAACCAACUGAUUAUGGCGUUUCGCGGGGAAUUGAUUUUGUGAAUGUCGCAUGCGUUAUCAACUUCGACUUGCCCCUUUCGACACAAAGUUAUACGCAUAGAAUUGGGCGUACCGCUCGAGCAGGAAGAACAGGGAUCGGUUUAUCGUUUGUGCUUUCGACAGCAAGGAUGGAACCCAGUUCAAACAAGACAAAUAAAAAUCUUCAAGAGACUUGCGCCAGGGAGACUGAAAUGUGGAGGAAGAUCGAAACUGAGCAGAUCGCAAGAGGAUCGAUCCCUAAAGAAUAUAAAUUUGAUAUGACUCAGGUCGAAGGCUUUCGGUAUCGAAUGGAGGAUGGCUUGCGGGCAGUCACCAAGGCCGCUAUUCGAGAAGCCCGGAUUAAGGAGAUAAAAAACGAGAUACUGAAUUCAACCAAAUUGAAGUCUCACUUUGAGGAGAACCCAAACGACUUGAUGUUCCUUAAACACGACAAGCCUUUACACCCGACAAGGAUUCAACCCCACAUGAAGCAUGUGCCCUCAUACUUGAUUCCCAAGAUCUCCAACCUUCCCAUUCGUCAACAGGAACAAACACAGGACCCCAAUCAAGGCCCUUCUGAUCCCAAUCCUGCACCAAACCAACCGAUCUUAAAAACUUCGUUUCAUAAUCGGGCUCGUCAAGGUUCCAAUGGUCGAGGCCGAGGAGGUGCCCGUGGCGGGCGCGGUGGUGGAAGAGGUGGCAAAAGGAAAAACCCCCUCAAAAGCUUCACAUCCACUUGA